AUGAAUGGGUUCUUUGUUCCCAGACGGAGCUUGGAGCCUUGGCAGGCGCGGAUGUCGCAGAGACAGCAGCGAAUGCAGCGGCAGUCAGCCGCUGGGCCAUGGGACGGCGAUGUUGACACGUACUCCGAUAUUGAGGAGGAGGUCCUGUUGCUGCAAACGGAUGAUCCACUAGAUAAGCAGCAGCAACCAGGUCAACAGGGCGAGUCUCAGCACCGGAACGCAUUGACAACUGCUGCGGAUGGCAGCACAGCAGCACCAUCGCCAUCAGCAGCCAGCGGUGGCGGCGGCACAUUGGAGGGCAACGUGGCCACUGGGAAGGGAGGCAGUGCCACGGCUGCUGCGGAGUCGGAUGCCGCCGAUCCAGGUCCCCGGAGCUCGGCGGGUGUUGCUGGCGCCGCAAGCAGCAGUGGCGGUGGCGAGGGCACGGCAGCCGCGAAAGGGGAGACGCCCGCUGCAGAAGCACUGGAGGCGGUGCGGACUGCUGAUGCAGCAGCUACAGCAGGCAGUGGACCAGCAACAGCGUGUGGUGGGGACGCGGCACGGGAACAGCUAGAGGCGCUGGAGGCCACUUGCAGCGCGGUGGCACAGGAAGACAUGGAGGCGCAAGGCGCCAUCGCUUGCCUGGCCGGCCGGACCGCAAAGUACUAUUUGCGCAGUACGGCAGUGACUCUGGGCCGUAUCACGGAAUCCAAAGGCGACGUGGAUGUGGACUUGGCCCCCGAGGAACCCCCCGUGAAAGGUCCAGGGAGCAGCGCGCCCGCCGCGCCCACCGGCGGCGGUGACCAGCAGGGGCCAGGCCAGGUGCAGCAGCAGCAGCAACAGGCUCCGGCCGGUACCUCGAGCGGAGGUGCGGAGCCGGCCUCGGGCACACAGUCAGCCAGCUCUGGCUGCCGGGGUCACGUAGUGAGCCGACGUCAGGCCAUCAUCCGGCUAGGUCCGGAUGGGCAGUUCCGGCUUGUCAACAUGGGCCGCCAAGUUGUGACCGUGAACGACAUCGCGGUGAGAAGAGGGCGACGUGUGCACGACCGUAACUUCCUGGCGCGGGCGGGCGCUACUAAGUCCUUCUGCAUGCGCUGCCUAAGCGAUGCCAUUGCCAGAAUGACGAGCUCGUGGUUUAGGGGAAUGGAAAUAUGCUUUAUAAUGUGUACGUUUGGCGGUCGUGUUCUGUGUUGGACACUGUGCGACAAAUGCAAGCAAGAGCAGGGGUUUGCUGUGGAAAUUAGCGAGGAGUUUAAUAGGCUAAGUAAGACUGUUAGCUACGAAGGGGAAUUCUGUUGUUCCGUUCCAUGCGGUUGCGAGGUUGGCGCUGUCCAUCGGGGUGGCCACGUGGCAAAGGAAGAGUUGGGGAUGACCCGAAUGAUUCUCAAUGGAUUGCACAGCCGUGUGGAGCUGCUGGACUAA